AUGGCGUCGGAAGAUGGCAGAUCGCUUACUCCAGCCUCCAACCUUCCACCUCAUUCGACACAGCUUUCGUUUACAGUGGAAGAACUGUCCCACGAGAUAGAGCAGGUUCUUAUGUCUGAGAAAGGAUCCGAUGAAAAUCCUAGUAGACAUGUCAAAGUCGAGAUGAGUCCGUCUAUCUACGUAACUGUUCAUCAGAUAUCUGAAGGACACGCCUCGUAUGGUGUGACGACCAUGCCAUGUCAGGAUAAGGAUAUGGAGCUGAUGGAGGCGGAACCUCACGAUGGGGAUAGCAUUGUCAUCGCAUCUAAGUCAGAAUAUAACAAAACAACUCACCAAGGCGCAGAGUUCGAUAAAACCGAUGAAUUACUUCUCGAGGAAAGUGAAGGAGACUUCUGGACGGAUGCGUGUCUGGACACUGAAUAUUACUAUUCUUCAUAUAAAGACCUACUCGCAUGCAAUGGCAGCUUCACACUUCCUCUGGACAACCUGAUUGGCUUCAUUGACGGAGAGACAUGGUUGACGACAGCGACUAUCUGUGACGAAGAUCAAGAUGCUUUGCAUGCAGCUUUGGCAGAGACUUCUUGGAUUUAA